UACCCUAAAUUUGCAGGAGUUAAUUGCUUAUGAAUGGCUUGGAGCAAGGCUGGGAAAAGGGGGAAUUUUUCUAGCCUGACUAGAGCUCUAGAUUUAACAACUUAUGGAAAUUUACGAGCAUCUAUAUCUUCACAUGCUAUUCUGUACAGGGAAAAACCAUUUUCUAAUUCAAUCAAAUGUCUACGAGAUAUUUAUAAGAAUCCUUCAUGUGGGCCUGAUCUAUUGGCAAACCGAUCAUUGAUACGGGGAUUUCAUGUGAGUCCGGAGUUACUGAAUAAAAGAAAAGACGAGCCAUUUGGUGUGAAGACUACUAACAGGAAAGGGAAAUAUUCCAAAAGACCCAAUACGGGACAGACACCGGUUGAUGCCCCUUAUGUUCCUCCUCAACAAAAAAGAAAUUCCACAUCAAUGCAAGAUAAACCGAUUGAAAUAUUUGAAGGAAUGACUCUUUUGGAGCUUGCCAAGCGUUCUGGAAAGCCUAUUUCUGCACUUCAGGAUGUCCUUGGAAAUGUUGGGGAGAGUGUUGGUUCUGAGUUUGACUCGCUGAGCAUUGACAUCGCAGAGUUGAUUGCAAUGGAAGUUGGUGUAAAUGUGAAGAGGCUGCACUCUGAUAAAGGUUCGGAAAUUCGAGCAAGACCUGCAGUUGUAACCGUUAUGGGUCAUGUUGACCAUGGAAAAACAUCUCUACUGGAUGCUUUGCGUCAAACCUCAGUUGCAGCAAAAGAAGCAGGAGGAAUCACUCAGCAUCUGGGUGCGUUUAUUGUUGGUAUGCCUUCAGGAGCAUCAAUCACCUUUCUGGAUACUCCAGGUCAUGCAGCAUUCAGUGCUAUGCGAGCCAGAGGUGCAGCCGUCACAGACAUAGUUGUUCUAGUGGUGGCAGCCGAUGAUGGUGUGAUGCCCCAAACAUUUGAAGCCAUGGCCCACGCGAAAUCAGCAGGUGUACCAAUUGUAGUGGCAAUUAAUAAGUGCGAUAAGCCCGGAGCCAACCCAGAAAGAGUGAAAGUCCAGCUUGCCACAGAAGGCUUACUUCUGGAGGAAAUGGGUGGGGAUAUUCAAGUGGUUGAAGUUUCAGCCUUAAAUAAAACCGGGCUCGAUAAGUUAGAGGAGGCUUUGCUGCUCCAAGCCGAGAUGAUGGAUUUGAAAGCCCGAGUUGAUGGGCCUGCACAAGCUUAUGUGGUCGAGGCUCGACUGGACAAGGGACGGGGGCCACUUGCUACGGCUAUAAUAAAGGCGGGGACUUUAGUUUCCGGAAAGCAUAUUGUUGUUGGUGCGGAAUGGGGGAAGAUUAGAGCUAUAAGGGAUACGGUUGGGAAACCCGUAGACAAGGCGGGGCCCGCCACUCCAGUUGUGAUUGAAGGGUUGAAAGGAUUACCCAUGGCGGGUGAUGACAUCACUGUUGUCGAGACUGAGGAGAGAGCGAAGAUGUUGAGUGCAGGAAGGAAAAAGAAGGUCGAGAAGGACAGAUUGAACAAGAUAGAAGAAGAAAGGCUUGAGAAAUUAAAAUCGGACAAGGAAUCUUCCGAAACAUUAGAUGAAUCGGAAGAAGUCAUUCAAAGGGUCGAGUUGCCUAUUAUUGUAAAAGCAGAUGUCCAGGGCUCCGCCCAAGCGGUUACUGAUGCUUUGAGAAGCUUAAAUAGUCCCCAGGUUUUGGUGAAUAUUGUUCAUGUUGGCCUAGGACCUAUUUCUCAGUCUGAUGUGGACUUGGCUCGAGCGUGUGAUGCCUGCAUAGUGGGAUUCAAUGUUCGGAAUCCUCCUAGUUCUGUCAGCAUGUCUGCUACCCGAGCGAAAAUACAGAUAAAGGUACAUGCAGUGAUUUAUCACCUGUUGAACGAGAUGGGGAAUUUAAUAGUGGAAAAGGCACCUGGAACAUCAGAGAUGAAGGUAGCGGGAGAAGCUCAGGUGAUUAACAUUUUUGAACUUAAAGGCCGAAGCAAAGCCAAGGGGGAUGACGUGAAGAUUGCUGGGUGCAAAGUGGUAGACGGUCAUGUUUCCAAGUCUGCGACAUUCAGGCUCCUGAGGAGUGGAGAAAUAGUGUUCGAAGGGUCUUGCUCAUCGCUCAAGAAAGAAAAGCAGGACGUUGACAUGGUUGGGAAGGGAUGCGAAUGCGGGCUCGUCAUUCAAGAUUGUCUUGAUUUCCGCGUUGGCGAUGUUGUCCAGUGCAUGGAAAUGAUUAAGAGGAAACCCAAGUUUAUUUCUUCUCAAAGUGGUGCUGUUCGCAUUGAAUGCUGAUCUUAUCUUAUUCUUUCAGUUUUGUUACAUAUAUAUAUAUUUAUCGGAGGAUCUCAUAUCUGAGAUAUAACUCUUGUUCUUCAAUUUUGCCAAUCACUCAUUUAUAAUCAUAUUAUUAUGUAUUGUAGAAUGGGAAAUAAAAUUAAUAUUCUCACUUUAG